AUGGAUGACGGGUCGGCCCGGAGAAUCAGAGUAGCCGUCGUGGUCGCGGCGAGCAGCGCCGGCCACUCCGGCGCCGCGUCGGCAACAUGGGAGCAUGUCCACCGCCACUUCGCGGUCGCAGCGCUGUUUGUCGCCCAAAACGCCGCUGAUCCCUCUGGCGGGCCAAAGAUCGACUCGCAUGUCGAUUUCGACGCGACGGGCGCAUGGAGGCAUCACGUCUCCAUGCGCCCGUCAAGGGCGUGUGUGUACCCGCGCGGCGGUUGUGCCGGUUUGGUUCGUUCGGCGCGCGUGCUGCUGACGGCAGAAUAA